CAUACGUGUGACAUCAGUUGUAGAAACCAAAUUCAAAACAAAAUUUUUACUCAAUCUUGAUACACACACAGAUUUCUCAAGAGAUUUUCUGCUGCUUCUGAAUCUUGUUGAUAUCUUCAUGAUGACGAGCACGGUGAGGACCUUCACAGGUGAGUAUGGCCUCCGGAGGACACGAGUUCGUUCAAAAUUUUUGGAUGAUUACUGUGUAGGCCAGUUGAGUGUUUCCAGGUCGAGGGUGUCGAAGGUAGCGGACCUCCCAGUGAUGGCGGACGUGACCGGGUUGGACCACACCUACAGCUGCGUCUCCAGAGCCGUUCAGCCACCGAAGAAGAGGAAAAGAGAUGCUGAGCUGCAGGAGGACCACCAGACGCUGGAGGACAGGUACAUGCACAACACCGCUGUUAUUCCUGACCUUUGUCCAGCACUUUUCAGGCCUCCGGUCUCAGCACCAUCCGCGGACCCGGCACCAGAGGAACCUCUCUACAUCAACGGCCGCACCGUGGAGGACUUUCAGGAGAUCUAUCACUCCACAGUGGAUCCCCUCCUACGGUUGCCCUCUGGUCGGCUUCGUCCCUACAGCCUGGAUCUGGGUCUGAGGAUCAAGCAGCGCCUGUGGGAAGCACUCAACCGUCCCAGCUUUUGUGAGGAAGAGCAGGCUGAUGGAUCCAUCCGCAUCAGAGAGAUCUUCUCCACACCAGGAGCUGCUCCUCCUCGCAUCGAAGUGGACAUCAGUGGAGAGCCUUCUCCCAAGAGGUACUGAAUCAAUGUGUGAUUUAUAAACACACAGAUCAGUCACACCUAAAACUACUGCUGUAAAUAUUGUAAAUACUACUUUAGAUACGUAGCAUAAGUAUAAGAAUUUCAGCAAUGUUUUUCUCUUUUUUUUUGAUAAAUGUGUAAAAUGUAUUACUAUAGAUUUUAUUAUACUUUACAUGAGGUCCCAAUUUAAUGAGUUUGUGAUCCUGGUCUUGUUCAUCCGUGUUGUGUUUCAUGUCAUGGCUUUUUGAGAUUCUUCGGUUUCUGGUACUUGUGUUUCUGGUUUCUUGAUUAUGUUUCGGGUUCAGGUUUUGUCUUUUGCAGGUUGUUUCGGCUGGUGGUCUGC